AUUUGGAUAAAAAUCAAUAGAAAAGAAAGAAAAGCAUGUCGUAGGCUCGUAGCUUCUAAACCAAACGUCCAAACAGAAUAAACAAACGCCACAGGGCCUCUGCUCCCCGGCGUUACGGCGGAGGAACGAAGACUUCAGUCAUCCAGUAGCUUGGAAAGAUCUCACCUCGUCACUCAUGCUCCGCCUUCAUCGUCUCUUCUUCACCUGACGUCAUCCGCCUCCAGGACUUCCGACGCCGCCGUUCCUCGCCUGUACUUUUCCGCUGCUUUCGACUUUCCUUUGCUUCAAUCAGUUUCACCGGCGGACGGAGGUUUCAGAGCCUUGAAUAAGCGUGGAGGAUUUGGCGAAUUAGUGCUUGGGGUUAAGGCGAAGUGAAAAUGAUGGGAUCAGAGAAUGAAGCAGAAUCUCAACUCUUCGCCUCUAGAGAAGAGAUGGAAAACCUAGUCCUCGAUGAACCUUCCGACAAUCCCAACGGCAACGGAGGCAGCAAAUCUUUCUCCGAUUAUCGCAGCGUCAUGUCGUCCCUCGCCGAUACGCAUCACCCUCUCUCCCCGCCAUUGACGCCGGCAGAUUCGGAUCCUUUACUUGCUCCUCAACCAUACCGGGAUCUCCGAAACCCUAGCCUCUCGCACGAUAACAAUUCCUACAUUGAACCGCCUGCCUAUGCCGAUGUCAUCUUCAGUCCGUUUGAUGAGAAUACUGGCAGCGAAAUCAAUGGCAUCGAUAGCCCCGGUCGAUCUUCCGAUUCCUCACUUUCUCUCUCGAGAUCCCCUUCCUCCAGCUCCGAUUACAUCAAGAUCACCGUCUCCAAUCCACAGAAGGAGCAGGAAACUUCGAAUUCACUUGUCCCCGGAGCUAGCACCUACGUCACGUAUCUAAUCACGACGAGAACCAACAUCCCGGAGUUCAAUGGAUCGGAAUUCGGGGUGCGGCGGCGAUUCAAGGACGUGGUCACUUUAUCGGAUCGGCUGGCAGAGGCUUAUCGAGGGUUCUUCAUCCCGCCUAGACCAGACAAGAGUGUAGUGGAGAGCCAGGUGAUGCAGAAGCAGGAAUUUGUAGAACAGAGGAGAGUUGCGUUGGAGAAGUAUUUGAGAAGGCUCGCUGCGCAUCCGAUCAUAAGGAACAGCGAUGAGUUGAAGGUGUUCUUGCAGGUGCAAGGGAAGUUGCCGUUGGCUACAAGCACUGAUGUGGCUUCCAGGAUGCUUGAUGGUGCAGUGAAUCUACCGAAGCAGUUAUUUGGAGAAGGAUCGACGGUAGCCCCGCAGGAUGUAGUCCAGCCAGCCAAAGGAGGGAGAGACUUGUUGAGGCUGUUCAAAGAAUUGAAACAGUCUGUUUCUAAUGAUUGGGGUGGUUCAAGACCACCUGUAGUGGAGGAAGAUAAGGAGUUCCUAGAGAAGAAGGAGAAGAUGAACGAGUUUGAGCUGCAACUGAGCAAUGCUUCUCAGCAGGCGGAGUCGUUGGUGAAAGCACAGCAAGACAUGGGGGAGACGAUGGGAGAAUUAGGGUUAGCAUUCAUUAAAUUGACAAAGUUUGAGACUGAGGAAGCUAUGUUUGAAUCACAAAGAGUAAGGGCAGGUGACAUGAAGAACGUAGCUACAGCUGCUGUCAAAGCUAGCAGAUUCUACAGGGAACUGAAUGCUCAGACGGUUAAGCAUUUCGAUACCCUGCACGAGUAUCUUGGGUUGAUGCUAUCAGUUCAUGGUGCAUUUGCCGAUCGCUCUAGUGCUUUGCUGACUGUGCAAACUCUUCUAUCAGAAUUGUCGUCUCUGCAUACAAGGGCUGAGAAACUUGAAGCUGCGUCAUCAAAGAUAUUUGGUGGUGACAAAUCAAGGAUUCGAAGGAUAGAGGAGUUGAAAGAAACUAUAAGAGCCACUGAAGAUGCUAAAAGUGUUGCAGUUAGAGAGUACGAGCGGAUUAAGGAAAAUAACAGGACCGAACUGGAAAGGAUGGAAGCGGAAAAACAUGCCGACUUCUCCAACAUGUUGAAAGGAUUUGUGCUUAACCAGGUUGGCUACGCCGAGAAAAUUGCUAACGUGUGGGCUAAGGUUGCGGAGGAGACCAGUGGAUAUGCAACGGACAGCGCUUAGAAUCUGUACAUUCCGAGUUCUUGUGCUCUCGUUGUUUCUUCUUUGCUUCUCUUCUUUCCCUUUUGUCUUCCUUCCUUUCCUUUUUUAGCUUUCUCAGUUUGAUCUUUUUACGCAAAGUAGGAAGGAACUCAUGUAUUUACAAUUUGUCGAAACACAGAACAAUUAAACAAAGAAAAUAGAAAAGCCAAGGGGAGCACUUUUGUAACAUAUAUUUAUCUAAGUUCCAUUUGCAAGCUUUGAGUCCUGUUAUUACCUGUGUUGAUGGUGGCGUUUGAGUCCUGUUUGGUUGCAGUCUAAAUAGCUUGAUGGUGGCUAGAUUGAUAACAACGGCCUGUACGCCUGGGAAAAAGUCUUGUUUGAUUGCAGUCUGGUUAGCUUGAUUGAGCGUAGCCUGGUAUCGCAAAUGAGAUCGGAAAUGAAAUCUUACAAUGACACAUUAUGAAAUAAUUAGCAAUCUCAAUUUCGAAAACUGCAAUUCCAGUGGUAAUACCACUGCAGAUCCGUUUCGAAAAUUUCACUUCUAAAACCCUAACCCCACAGUAUAACAACAGAGUGAAGAAAUCAACAUCAGUGACCAAUCAACCUCACACGCGCGACAUCAUGCUGUUCCCGGCGGCCGCUGCGGCCGAUCCUCCGAUGAGCGAGAACAGCCCGGCACCACCUCCCUCCUGCUCGUCCAUGAACAAAUCCUCCGGAUCCCUAAACGCGCCGUGGACGCACACAAUUGCCAACCCAACCAUGGUCGCCGAGAUCAGCAGCGACCCCACGCUGGUCAGGAAGACGACGACCACCGUCACCAGAAUCAAGAUCCCGAGCGUCUCCCGAUCCGAGAAGGUCCGCCCCAUUACGACCAGGGGCUGGUCGGAGGGGCGGAACGUGUAGAGGAAGAGCCAGGCGGAGAGGAGGGAGAGGAGAGUGAUGAGGGAGAACGGGUGGGAGAUUAGGGAAACCGCCAGGACGAUGGCGAGCAGAGUCAUGUAGUUGACGCGGAAGUAGGAGUAGUUCUUCCUUAUCCUGGUGGUGGCGUCGGAGAGCGAGCCCGGCUUGGAGAAGGCGGAGCGGUCGAUGAGCUCCGUCCAUGGGCGGCGGUGGGAGAGCGAAUUGCCGAUUGCGCCGUAGAGCCGGGUGACGAACGAGCGGACGGCGGCGACCACGGAAGCCUGGGUGGCGGCGCCGCCGGAGUCGUGGCUGGAGAGCGGAAUCUGAGCUGAUGAGGUCAUUGGAAAUGGCGAUUUGCGGGGAAUCCGGUACGGGAGAAAUUGGAAAUAUCUCGAGAUCUGGUGGGCGGAAUAAAUCUGGCGAAGAGCUCAACUCAACUCAACUCCUUCCUUCCCGUAGAGACUUAGAGAGGGAGGGAGAGUGAAAGAAGUGGGAUUUAAAAGGAGGAGUGCUAGGGUGCGGGCAGGUGUACAGUGAUUAGGAGGUGUGACUUGGGGGAGUCAUUGGAGAUUGGAGAGUUAAUGCAUGACAGCACCGUUGAUGACGAUGGGAUGGACGGAUGGGAUGAAAAACGAGAAUGGGAUGGGGGCAUGUGCCUGCGGAGGUAUCUGUGACUAUGAGGUGGCCAAUUAAAUCACAUCAAUUUAUUCUUUUGACAGGGGGUCAUCACCGACAUAACCCAUUCAUAGUAUUUUUGG